AUGGCACAUGGUAAAGGACGUGGCGGAAUGGCCUGUUGCAUGAAAUUUGGUCGAUUUAUUAUGGUGACAGUUAAUAUUUUAUUUGUCCUAAUUGGUAUAGCUCUUCUUGCUCUUGGCAUUUAUGUUAUGGUUGAUCCAAAAUUUCAAAAAAUCAAAACUCUAUUACCGAUCACUGGCGAUCCAAAUGUUCAACAGGGCUUAUCAUACAUUGAAAUGAUUGGUAUUGUCGUCAUUGUUUUCGGUGGCGUUCUUCUUAUUCUUGGUUUCUUGGGUUGCUGUGGAACAAUCCGACAAUAUAAAUGGAUGCUCACACUGUACGCCAUUAUCAUCGGAGCAAUUAUUCUGGCUGAAGUGGCUAUGACGAUAUAUUUUGUCGCAUUUCAAUCAAAAUUCGCAGAUGUAUUUAUACCAAAACUUCAAGCAUCCAUCCGUGACAAUUACAAUGGUCCGCCAAUAUUUAACAAUACACCAAGUGCUGCUAGUUUAGCAUGGGAUUUUGUAAUGUAUAAUCUACAAUGUUGUGGUGCCAACAAUAGAGAAGAUUUUAAUAAUACUCCAAAAUGGAAUAAAACUGAUCCAUUUAAUUCAACACAAAACUUUCUUUAUCCGUUAACAUGUUGUCCGUUAGCAAAUUACCAGCAAGACUGGAACACACUGUCACAAAACAUACUUCACCAAGGAGAAACGUGUGCUGUUCAAGGAAAUGGCACAUUUUCCUCGGGUUGUUACGGUAAAUUAAUGGAUUUAAUUGGCUCAUACAAGACGUAUAUUAUUAUUGGAGCCGUUAUUAUUCUUGUCAUAGAGCUACUGGCAUUUAUAUUUGCAAUAACGCUAUGUUGUCGUAAACGAAGGCAAGAUAGAUAUUCAUCGUAA